CUCCAGUUUCUUUCUCGUCGUCCACCAUGGCUGGCUUCCGGUUUUUAAAUCUCGUGCGACCGUUUUUGCCUAUUCUCCCCGAGGUGUCCUCGCCCGACCGCAAGGUGCCCUUCAACCAAAAGGUCCUCUGGACAGCCGUCACUCUCCUCAUCUUCCUUGUCUGCUCCCAAAUACCUCUCUAUGGCAUUAUGUCCUCUGACUCGUCCGACCCUCUGUAUUGGAUGCGUGUCAUUCUUGCAUCCAAUCGAGGAACGCUCAUGGAACUGGGAAUUAGCCCUAUUGUAACUUCUGGGAUGAUAAUGCAACUCCUCGCUGGUGCCAACCUUAUUGACGUUGACUUCAGCUUGAAGGAGGAUCGAGCACUCUUUGGUGGUGCACAGAAACUUUUCGCUCUCAUCAUCUCGCUCGGCCAGGCUACCGUAUACGUAUUAACCGGUCUCUAUGGCUCGCCAUCUUCACUUGGACCAGGCGUCUGCUUGCUUCUCAUUCUCCAGCUCGUGGCAGCUUCUCUCAUCGUCGUCCUCCUUGACGAGCUCCUCCAAAAGGGUUAUGGUCUUGGUUCUGGUAUUUCACUAUUCAUUGCGACGAACAUUUGUGAGUCGAUCGUCUGGAAGGCAUUCUCACCUACGACUGUAAACACUGGUCGCGGCCCAGAGUUCGAGGGUGCCGUUGUUGCGCUCUUCCACCUUCUAUUCACUUGGAACGAUAAAGGUCGUGCGCUGCGCGAAGCAUUCUGGCGUGACCGUCUCCCGAACAUCAUGAACCUCAUUGCAACUGCAGUUGUCUUCGGCGCCGUCAUCUAUCUCCAGGGUUUCCGUCUCGAGAUUCCGGUGAAGAGCAACCGAUUCCGUGGCCAGCGUGGUGCAUACCCGGUUAAGCUGUUCUACACGUCGAACAUGCCGAUUAUGCUUGAGUCCGCCCUCACGUCCAACGUCUUCAUUAUUUCACAGAUGCUCGCUACUCGUUUCCCGGACAAUCUUCUCGUUCGUCUCCUCGGCGUGUGGGAGCCGAUGGAGGACUCCCCACAGCUAGCUGCCACCUCUGGUCUCGCGUACUACAUGUCUCCGCCUCACACUUUGCGCGCGGCACUCCUCGAUCCCAUCCAUAUGGCCAUCUACAUAAUAUUCACUAUUAGUGUAUGUGCACUUUUCUCGAAAACGUGGAUUGAGGUUUCUGGUUCCGGCCCACGUGACGUCGCGAAGCAGCUUAAGGAUCAGCAGAUGGUUAUGGCGGGACACCGUGAGGGAUCAAUGUACAAGGAGCUCAAGCGCGUUAUUCCUACUGCUGCAGCCUUCGGCGGUGCCAUCCUCGGAUUACUCUCUGUCGCGGCUGAUUUAAUGGGAGCUUUGGGCAGCGGAACCGGUAUUCUCAUGGCCGUGACCAUUAUCUACAGCUAUUGGGAGAUUGGUAUUCGCGAGUCUGGUAGCCCUGAGUUAGCUGCCUUUGGUGAUCUCCUCGGGUGAUGGAUUUGUACAAGUUCAAAAUUUCAUGCAGGCGCGCUUGGGCAGGAUGAGCAUCGCAAAUCGGAUCCAGAGUAGAUCUGGAUGGGUAGGCCUGAACAUUUGAUUAUGGUACUUGUGAUGAUAAUCUUAUUCCGCGGCGGGAAAAAAGUAUUAGAUACUGUCGAGCGGUGUCGUUUAGCUGGAAUGAAAAUACUAUUUUGCCUUCUGGCUAUCUCGC